GUUCCAUGUGAAGGGUUCAGUCCCCACUACUACAAAAAAGAAAAGAGGAGCAGCAAUGUAGGACUUUUAGCUUUUCCCAAAUCCUGAAAUAUCACCAUUUAAUUGCUUAAUUUUCUGCAUUUGUUCAUUUUAGACUAGCCCGGGGCUCUGCAACCUGGCAUAUUAGAGAACCUCUUGCUUUUUAAUAAUAACGCUUAGUGUUUAUAUAGCGCGUUUCAUGUUCAAAGUGCUUUACAGACUUUACUAAUUAAUCGGAACACCGCCUGCUGCCCAGGGCAGGUUGGACCACGUUCUUGGCUCCUAAUUAUGGGGGGCAGAAUCCCCUGCACCAACCUCGCUCACUCUCCGGACCAUUUCUGUCCAAAGCAGACUGUGGGCCGCCAGUCACAGCUUCCCCUGAGCGGGUUCAUGCGUGGAAGGGGGACCUGAGGCUGGGGCAGACACACCUCCUCCUGGGAGCCCCUGGGAAGGGAAGAGUCCAAUUGAGUACUGAGUUAGGGGGAGGAGGGGCUUUGCAGAGUAAAGAGGAGUUCUCCAGGUGGAGGGCACAGCCUGCGCACAAGCGUAGAGGGAGCACUGAGGGGCAGGAACUCAGUAUUUAGAGGAUGAGGGGAGGAAAGAUGGGUGCAGAGGCCAGACAGGUCUCUUAGGAGCUGGAUUUUGCUGCAGGCAGAGGGUCUCUGGGGUCUUGUUUUUGUUCUUUUUCUUCUUUUUUUUACAUAGGGUCUCACUAUGUAGUUCAGGCUGGUCUUGAACUUAUGGUGAUCCUCCUGCCUCAGCCUCCUGAGUGCUAGAAUGACAGAGUUGUGCCUGGCUUCUCAGGGAUUCUUCCAGGUCAAGGAAGCAAGGCUGAACUGGGAUGGACUCCAAGUGCAGAGGCUGGGGAGGGGCUUGGCGGUGGCCCUCCACGUGGAGUGGGCGGGGCUCAGGGACAGGGUGCCUGUGGCAGUUGCCCCCCAAGGCACUGUGGUGGGGCAGCCAGAGGUGGCUGCUGAGCUGGGGUCUGGAGCGUGCCGAGCCAGGAUGGUGGCCAGACCCCGGGGCUUCAGUGCUUCUCUGUGGGGACGUCGGUGCGCUCAGCGGUGGGGGAGGCGGACGCAGCGGGCCGAGCCUCCCAGAGCACAGAGGCACGAGCAUUCGCCACCACAGUCGGCUCUAGGCAAAUUCUCCCGGGCUUGGACAGGAUCCCAGCAGGCCAGGGGGACAGAGGAGAAAAGCACGAAGGCAGCAGCACGGCAGCCUGCUCGGACUCCCAGCCCUGCCGGGCCCAAGGUGCUGGUUUUAUCGGUGACUCACAGGAUUCAGACUCGGUGCUGAAUGGGCUUGUGCCCUGCCCCGGGCCCUGAGUGCCAGCCUGGACGGUCCCUCCGUGUACACAGCCCACAUCAGUGACCCAGCGGACAAGGACAGCACUGGACUGAAUGCUCAACCUGGGGGACAGACAGUGUCUCCUCGUCUCAGCUGCGCCUAGGGAAAACUGGAUGUGUGCGGUACUGGGAACCAAAGGCAAGGCCUCCCACGACAGGGUCCCACUAAGUUGCCCGGGCUGGGCUUCAACUUGCGCUCCUCCUGCCUCAGCCUCCUAGAGUAUUUUAUUAGAAACUCCUAAAUCAGGUGUGGGGGCAUAUGUCUGUAAUUCCAGCACUCAAGAAGCUGAGGCAGGAGGAUCAUUGCAAGUCUGAGGCCAGCCUGGAUACACAGUGAGACCCCCACCCCCUAAAAAGAAAGAAACUUAAACCUCUUUGUGAGGUCCCUGUCCCUCCUUAGAGCCGUCUAACUUGCUCAAUUCCAUGGAGCUCUCCCAGCUCCCUUUGAAGCCUGGGAACUUCUGUCUUAGCCAGCAGACUCUGUCUAGUUCCCCUCCCGGUGACCGAGCACGUACAGCCUUGGCUGGGGCAGCUCACGAGGUGGGACCAGAGGUGGAGACAUCCAUGACCUGGAGGGCCAGGCAGUGCCUUCUGUUGGACGUGUGGGCUUGGGGACAGACGGGGCGCCCGAUGCCAGGCCUUGCUCCUGGCGGGAGGUCACAGCUGGUGUGUCCCUCCUGACUCAGCCUCCUUAUCUAAACAAAGACCGUGGCCAUGGAAGCGGGCACUCAGAGGUAUCUGAGUGAAUAAACAAAUGAAUGAACAAAUGAACGAUGCCCAGGUCUCUGGGCAGUUGUGAGGGCUCAGGGUGAUGUGGGUGUUUAAACACCUCCCGGCACCUGGCGGGCGGUCCCCAACUCAUCAUCAUCACUGUCAUUGGAACACGGGGGAUGGAGCCCAGGGCCUUCAGACUGAGCGAUGCCCCCAGCCUUUGGUUCAGUUUUGAAGACAGGGUCUUGAAAAUUUGCUCAGCUGCAACAACAACAACAACAAAAAUUAGGGCCGGGGA